UAUUCUCCUUGAGUUUCCUUGUGGAGCGUGCAUAAUUAUAUCACUUCGGUUUACCCUCUAUAUAUUUCGCCUCUAAUCCUACUCGAACCAGCGGAUAGAUACCGGGCAAUGAGUGAUAUCAACAACCUCCACCCAGGUGACGGACCCGGGCACGAUGCGCCGUCUUCCAGCACAACUCUACGUUCAGAAUCCCGUUCCAGUCUAGGGUACGGUGAGAAGGCCAUGCAGUCUUCGCCUGAUACGGUUUCUGAGAAGGGAGAAGACCGUGAUAUCGAAAGUGGCAACCAUGACGCACAAAAGCCAUCAGCCGAUGAAAAGCCGAAGGAACUGGAGUCCAAGGAUCCCAAUCUGAUCGAGUGGAAUGGACCUAACGACCCCGAGAACCCGCAGAACAUGCCCCAUUGGAGGAAAUGGGUCAUCACAAUGACCAUGUCCUCGAUGACAAUGUGGCUCACUUUCGCGAGUAGUGUGUUCUCGACGGCGACGCUGGUGACGGCGCAGCAGUUCGGCGUAUCUACCGAGGUUAUGAUCCUCGCGACCAGUUUAGUGGUGUUUGGGUUUGCUGCUGGCCCUUUGGUCUGGUCACCUAUGUCGGAGCUGUAUGGCCGGAAAUACCCCCUGUUUCUUGGAUAUGCUUUGUUCGCUAUCUUCCAAAUCCCUGUUGCCGUGGCCAAGAACGUGCAGACUAUUCUUGUGUGUCGAUUUUUGAUGGGCUUUCUGGGGUGCUCGCCUCUGGCUGUUGUUGGAGGUGCAAUGGCAGACUUUUGGGAUCCUGUUGAUCGCGCCAUAGCGAUUGCGCUGUUUUCAGCAGCUACCUUCGUCGGACCCGUGCUCGGUCCAAUUGUUGGCGGAUUUCUCACUGAUUCCUAUCUCGGCUGGCGGUGGACUGCUUGGAUCACCCUGAUUGCAUCAGGAUCGUUUGGCGGCAUCGCCUGGUUUGUAGUGCCCGAAACGUAUCACCCGGUGCUCCUGCAGAGGCGCGCUGCCAAACUCCGUAAGGAGACUGGCAAUCAAGAUCUGUAUGCUUUCCUCGAUCACCACAGACCGACUUUUGGCGACAUCGUCCGCAAAUACCUGUUCCGUCCCGUUCAGAUGCUCAUGCUCGAGCCCAUUCUCAUCCUGAUUACUCUCUACCUUGCACUCGUGUACGGAAUCCUCUACCUUUUCUUCGAAGCCUAUCCCGUUUCGUUCCAAGAGGAGCGCGGCUGGACCAACGGGGGUAUUGCUGGUCUCCCGUUCAUCGGAAUCAUGAUUGGAGUGCUCUGCGGCGUGGCCCUCAUCGUCUGGCAAACUAAGACUCGCUUUGCCCGUAAGCUCGCCAAGCACGGCAGAGUUAUCCCUGAAGAACGUUUGGUCCCCAUGAUGGUCGCCUCCGUACUCCUGCCUGGUGGGCUUUUCUGGUUUGGAUGGACGUCCAGUCCGAACGUGCACUGGCUGGCCCAGGUCGCCGCUGGUGUUCCUAUCGGCGCCGGUAUCCUCGUGAUCUUCAUGCAGGGCCUCAACUACAUCAUUGAUGUGUACAUGAUGUUUGCAAAUUCUGCGAUUGCAGCCAACACUCUGAUUCGAAGCUCCCUAGGCGGUGCUUUCCCACUCUUCGCAACACAGAUGUAUCAUAAGCUGGGCGUGCCAUGGGCGUCCAGUCUGCUCGGGUUCAUCACCGUUGCAAUGAUUCCUAUCCCCAUCGUCUUUUAUAUCUAUGGCAAAAAGAUUAGGGCGCUCAGCAAGUUCUCACCUAAUUUCUAG